AUGAACUUCAUGGAGUUCCUUAUUGUCGACAGUCGAUCGGCUUACCAUGGAAUAUUAGGUAGGCCAGUCGUAAAGGAAUUAGGAGCAGUCACCUCCAUCCACCACCUAUGCAUGAAAUUUUCGAUGAAAAAUGGGGUAGCAACAGUGAGAGGUGACCAAAGAGGGUCGAGAGAGUGUUAUCUAAGCUCCAUAAAAAAGGUAGAGCCCCGGGACGUCCAUGUAAUCAUAGUCGAUAUAGUCAUGGCUGACGUCCCAGGUGAUGCUCCCACUGAACCAGAAGAUAUCCAUAUGAUAGAUGCACCACCCAAUCUGAAGGUCUUGGUCAUUGAUGAGAUCGAUCCCCGUAUAAUUGAACACGAACCUCAAGCAUCCCCAGUUGAGGAACGUAAGAACUUCAUGGUAGACCCCCGAGACCCAUCCAAGAUGCUGAGAGUAGGCAAGGGCUUAUCCAACAUUCUGAAGGAAAAGAUUAAAGAUUUCCUAAGUAAAAACCUUGAUGUCUUUGCUUGGAAGCAUGAGAACAUGGUAGGCAUAGACCCCAAGGUCAGUUGCCACCACCUGAAGGUCGAUCCGAAAGUUGCCCCACACAGACAAAAAAGGAGAGCCCUCAAUCUUGAAAGGUACGAGGCUCUGAAGGAAGAGGUCCAGAAGCUCAUCCAAAAUGGCUUUAUCAGGGAGGCUACCUAUCCGAGGAUGAUGCCCUUUGGGUUGAAAAAUGCCGGAGCGACCUACCAAAGGCUUGUUAACAAAAUGUUUAUGGAUCUCAUCGGCAAGACAAUGGAGGUAUAUGUGAACAACAUGUUGGUGAAAAGUUUGGAGGCUAAGGAUCACAUAACGCACCUCAACAGCACCUUCCAGAUCUUGAGAAGAUAUAGAAUGAGGCUCAACCCCUUCAAGUGCGCCUUUGGAGUGGCCUCCGGCAAAUUCUUAGGAUAUAUGGUCAAUCAACGUGGAAUUGAAGCCAACCCUAAGAAGAUUGAGGCCCUGCACAAGAUGAGGUCCCCCCAAAAGCCAAAGGAGGUGCAAAGUUUGAUCGGGCAAGUGGCCGCACUUAGUCACUUCGUCUCCAAAGCCACAGACAAAUGCCUCCCAUUUUUUAAGGCCCCCCUCCUCUCCAAACCGAAGCCCGGAGAGAUCCUACAACAAUAUCUAGCCGUCUCAAAUGGGGCCAUUAGUUCGGUUCUGACUCGAAAAGAGGGAACCACCCAACUUGCAGUCUACUAUACAAGUAAAGUACUCCUAUCAUUGGAAACCCGUUACCCUGAUAUGGAGAAGUUCGCUUUGGCCUUGAUCACAGCCUCUAGGAAAUUAAGACCCUCCUUCCAAGCUUACACCAUCCAUGUGCUGAUAAACUUUCCCCUAAGGCAAGUGCUCCAAAAGCCUGAUGCCUUAGGAAGAUUAUUGAAGUGGGCAGUGGAGCUAAGUGAAUUUGACCUCGUGUUCAAGGCUAGGGCAGCCAUCAAAGGUCAGGCCUUGGCUGACUUUGUGGUAGAAUUCACCAACUUACCCGAGGUAGAUGAAAUCAUGGAACUCAUCGAGCCCCCUACAUGGAACUUAUUCAUUGACGGGUCGGCUGGGGACGCCAGUUCAGGUGCUGGAGUUAUCCUCAUCAGCCCUAAAGGGCACAAGCUAAACUCGGUGGUGAGGUUUGGGUUCAAGGCCACCAACAAUGUAGCAGAAUACGAGGCACUACUUGCAGGCCUCAGGCUAGCCAAGGAAAUGCAAGUGAAGAGGCUCCUCAUCAGCAGUGAUUCCCAGCUGGUUGUUAGCCAAAUCCCUCGCAUGGAAAAUUAUCAUGCGGAUACACUCUCCAAGCUCACUAGUAGUAAGGAUUCAGAACUACUCACAAUAGUACCUAUAAAGCACUUCCUCCUGCCAUCCACCGAGGCCCCCAAUAGAAGCUUCUCUUCCCCACCCUUACGAUGUGUUGGGGAAAAAGAGGCUACUUAUAUAUUAAGAAAAGUCUGUGAGGGAGUGUGCGACAAUCACUCCGGAGGUCUAUCUUUGGUACAAAAGAUAUCGAGGCAAGGGUACUACUGGCCUACCCUGAAAAGGGACACCCUCGAGUUUGCACGAAAGUGUGACAAAUGUCAACGAUUCUCUUCAGUACAAAGGCAACCGUCGUAG